AUGGACGCUUUGAUUAGCACCGGCCGCUGCGAGGAGCUUCGCGACCUCAGCGUGGUGAACCUCAUCGUGUCAAUUCUUCUCGUAAUUGGAAUGCUUAUCAGCUACCUCCCCCAACACGUACGCAUCAUCAAGCGCCGCACCUCCGAGGGCAUCUCGCCCUACUUUGUCCUGCUCGGCACCACAUCCGCGACCUCGGCGUUUGCCAAUAUCCUCCUUCUCCCGAAGUCUCGUCAGGAUGUUGCCUGUUGUAAGGAGCUCGAGGCAUUCCACUGCGUGGCCGGUUUGCUUGGGAUUGCUCAGCUCGGCGUGCAGUGGAUAUGCUUUACCUUCAUCUUCGUCCUCUUUCUCGUAUUCUUUCGAUACGGUUCCAAUAACGACGACGAUGACCACGCCGACGCCGACGAUGAACAAGACACGGGAGUUGAGCGUCCACGGUGGCAGACUGCGCUGGUCGUUGCGUCACUGACGCUGCUGCACGGCCUGGCUGUCAUUGUUAUCACGGGAAUCUUGUCGACUCUGGCGAAGGAACAUCUCCCUACCUGGGCUAACACCCUCGGUGUCAUGGCUGCGAUUCUUGCUGCUGUGCAAUACAUACCGCAGAUUUGGACAACAUACAAUUUGAAGCAUGUCGGCAGUCUGAGCAUCCCCAUGAUGUGUAUACAGACUCCCGGCGGCUUCGUAUUUGCGGCCAGCCUCUUUGCUCGGCUCGGCUGGGCUGGCUGGAGCUCUUGGGGUAUCUUCGUUUUGACCGCCACGAUGCAGGGUGUCUUGCUCAGUAUGGCAAUCUACUACGAGGUCCAGGCCCACGCUAGCAGUACCGAUCCCUCGAAGCCGCAAACAAACGGACUCAACCACGGCACAACCCGCCAUACGUCUGAUGCGCGCUCUAACUUGCAGACAAUCCUCGAUCGUCAAGACAGCGGCGCAGCGACGGAUACCACCCCGCUCUUGAGAAGCGGUGGAGGUGGAGAUUCUCACCAGAGUUACGACACAAAUCGGCGUUAA